AUGUACGAGUCCAAAACAGAAAGUGGGCGUGGCCUGACGCCAGGCUCCGCCCACUUUCUUUUCUCACUCCUCCGACUGAAAUGUGGCUCUAAUGUAUCCUUUUACAGUCUUUUACUAGGUGAAGUGUUUUAUUUUGGUCUUUUUUAAGGUUUUCAAUGAUUUUUUACAUCAUAUGUUGAAAUUUGAACUUUUGGCUAUUGAGAAUAGGUCGUUGGGGAAACUUCGAAAAAUGUUUACUUUGUUUUUUUGCAAAAUAAACUAUUCAUUCAACAUUUUAUGACGUCAUUCAAUUAAAAAUCCCUUUUCUAACACUAUUUUCGUCGGAAUUUGCACUGUUUUCCGGAAACUUUCUCCGCCCUCUCUUCUAUUCGGACACUCUCUCGCCUUCCUCUCUCACCUCUCCACCUUGAUCAAGCUCUCUCUCUCCAACGUGCACUUUCUCCGUCUCGCACCCUCCACUCCGAUCAACGCUGUCUCUCACCUGACCGUCGAGCUUUCAGCGACUCCGACACCGUCAGUAAUCUCUCGCCGGCUGUGAUGUUUCGGUCGCACCCGACGAUCUUUUCAUCGUUGCCCUCGUUGCCGCCGUGUGUCGUCGUCGGUAGCGUCACUUCGCCAGGUUGGUCAAAUGGAUAAGAUUGCUGAUUUUGGAUCGAUUGGUUGGGGGUUCGAGCCCGGUUGAGGUUUUUGUCAAUUUUACUCGAGGAGAAUCUUUUGAAAGCUUUCAUUUUUGGUUAGUCUAGUAGAUUCCUGAUUCAUGGGUGUAGGGCAUCAAGGUUCAACCUCUGUCAAGAUUUUUGCCAUUUUCCAACUCAUCUAAGGAAAUUUCCGCAAGUUAGUCGAGUGGAUAAGAUUGCUGAUUGUGGAUCGAUUGGUUAGGGGUUCGAGCCCGGUUGAGGUUUUUGUCAAUUUUAUUUUGAGAAGAAGCUUUCAUUUUUGGUUAGUAGAUUCCUGAUCUAUGGGUGUAGGGCAUCAAGGUUCAACCCCGAGCAAGAUUUUCCAACUCUUCUUAGGGAACUUUCCGCAAGUUAGUCGAGUGAAUAAGAUUGCUUUUUAUGGAUCUAGAGGUCUCUGGUUCAAGUCCUGUCCUGGUUUUUGCCAUUUUUGCAGAUUAGUUUUUUGAAUUCCAGUUUCUCGCUUAUUGCUCCCACCCUCCUGAGACCUUAUCAAAGCUUUCGAAAAGAGUAGAUAUCAGUUAGUCGAGUGGCUAAGAUUGCUGAUUAUGAAUUUAAAGGUUCUUGGUCCGACCCCGGUCCCGGUUUUUGCCAUUUUCCGGUUGAGAUGUUAUUUUCCCACCACCAAAAAAAAACUCUGAACUCUUUUUUCUAGUCUAAAAUGUUCUCUGAAGAGUUAUAAAGGUUGAAUAUUGUAUUCCUAUCAACUUAUGUUCUUGUGGCCUACAUUCGGCAGGUCGUGUAGUGCAAAUAUUGAGUGGGUAGACGCAUAACAAUCUUUUGAAUAGAACCAAUUUGUGGUAGACUGUCUGAGAGUAUUGAUUGAGAGCCUCAGGAUCACAGGUUCGACUCCGGAAAAGGUUUCGGGAAUUUCGGAGCUUGGGAAUCGGAUUUAAGAGCUUGAAGUUGAUGAGAUAAGGUCAGAUGUUAAUGAGGUGAAGGCUAAAAAAGACGGUUAUGAAUAAGGAUACCAAUUUUUCGAUUCCUAAGUUUUUCAGUCUGUAUUCCACAAAAAUCUAGACUAAAGAGCUAUAAAAAAGAAGCCAUGAAGCGUAGCCAAGUGGCUAAAAUCGUUAUUUAUCAUUCUGAAGGUCAAUGGUUCGGCUCCUCUCCAGUUGAAACUAAUUUUUGCACUUAAUCUUGAGGUCAAUGGUUCGAUUCCUAGCUUUUUCAGUCUGUAUUCUACAAGAAUCUAGAAUAAAGAGCUAUUAAAAAGAAGCCAUGACGCGUGGCCAAGUGGCUAAACUCGUUAUUUAUCACUCUGAAGGUCAAUGGUUCGGCCCCUCUCCAGUUGAAACUAACUUUUGCACAUAAUCUUGAGGUAUGAUUUGAUUCCUAGCUUUUUCAGUCUGCGUUCCACAAAAAUAUAGACUAAAGAGCUAUUAAAAAGAAGUCAUGAAGCGUGGCCAAGUGGCUAAAAACGUUAUUUAUCAUUCGGAAGGUCAAUGGUUCGACUCCUCUCCAGUUCAAUCAAUUUUUGCACUUUUCAACCUUCCCAACUCCUUAUAGACCUAUUCAAGUGCCCAAAACCUUGAAACUACGCGUCACAAGGUCAAGAGUCCUCACACAAACUCCAAAAAGAUAAUCGGCUCUGAAUAUAAACCAAAAAUUGCCCCCCAUCUGCAUGAGAUUUAAAAUGUUGCAAUCUCCGACCGGUCAGAUGGAAAUCUGAUUUUCGGGCCGCUCCCGAUCUCUCGUCCCACUUUUCAUCUCUUCACCUGCAACAAUACCAAAACGGGAACUAAAUAUCCAAUUUUUAUGUUGAUGUAGGCCGCGUCAAUUUGACGAAGUAUGCCAAGAAGAAAAUAAUUUUUGCUUUAAAGGAGAUUGAACCAGGGUCCCAGAUUCCAUCAGGCAAGACUGUUAGCCACUAUGCCACGCUAACAGUUGAGAAAUUAUGCUUCUAUCAAAAGCAUUUUAUGAAGGUUCAGGAUUUCUAGUGAAAAUGAUUACAAGAAAAAUAAAUUUUUCCGCCUUUUAUAAGAAUGAAAAACCGCUAGGUUCUUGGUAACGGUACCCGGACGUUUUUGAGCAUUUCUAGUGGACACUUUAGCAGCGUCAGUACUUUUGACUGAUCCCUAGAGUUGUCCAGAAACGUCCGAAGCUUGUCCGGUUUGCGUUUCUGAGCUUUUCUAGUGGUCCCUUUAGUGGCGGCAUCAAUGCUCUUAAGUGGCCCCUAGAACCGCUCUGAAAGGUCCGAAGCCCGUCCAGUUAACUUUUCUGAGCAUUUCUAGUGGUCACUUUAGCAGCGUCAGUACUCUUAAGUGAUCCCUAGACCGCUCAGAAAGGUCCGAAGCUGUUCCGGUCACCAGUAGGAAAGUAUUCGAUACGAGAAUCUCCGCUCUUUUCAAAAAUUCGAUCCGAAAAUCGCCUCGUUUACAGAAGUCACCCUGGCCAACGCCCUGGAACAGCAACAGCAGCUCCAGGCGCGGCUUCUGCAACAACAGCAGCACCAAGAACUGCUCUACAGCCUGUCGUUGUGCGCGGCUGCCACGACGCCGACGGCGCCGUCGCUGCUCUCUCUCCAGCCGACGACUUCCGCCACCGCCAUCCUCUUCGACACCGUCCGACUCGCCCAGAAGCAACAGAGCCUGAGAACCCCGACGCCGACCUUGCCGACUGCGAUCCUGCCGUCGACGAUUCUGAUGCCGGCCGUCACGACGUCGUCCGAUUUGAAGCCGUCGACUCCGAGUACUUCUCGAGGAUCUCCUGGCACUAUUAUCAAGGUAUACGAGUUCUUUAGGAUGGGGUCAUGA